GCAGUCAACUUUGAUUCAUGAAUUAUUAUUCCCACUCCAUCACCAAAGACCAAGAAACAAGAAGUAGACUUUCAGUCAACGUUCCUGAGCCUCUCGCCGCCGCAGAUCCCCAGCCAUGGCGGACGCGGCCGUGCAGUUCCUGGUGGAGAAUCUUCUACAGCUCCUCCGGGACAACGCGGAGCUCAUCUUCGGAAUAAAGGAGCAAGCGGAGAGCCUCCUGGGCGACCUGGGCGACUUCAAGGCGUUCCUCAAGGAGGCGGCGCGGCGGCGCAGCCAGAACGAGGUGAUCAAGGAGCUGGUGAAGAAGAUCAGGAUCGCCGUGAACAAGGCGGAGGACGCCAUCGACAAGUUCGUGGUGGAGGCGAAGCUCCACCGGUCCAAAGGGAUGAUGACCCGGUACGUGGAUAAACCGGCUCACCUGGUCAAAGUCAACGCCGCCGCAAGAGAGAUUGAAUCUAUAAGGAAUGAAGUGAGGGCGAUUCGCCAGAAUAAUGCCUAUGGCCUUCAAGCUUUGCAGAUGGAUAAUGCAUCCAAAGAUGCUGCAGAGAGAAAGGCUCCGGUGGUUGAAGAAGAUGAUGUUGUGGGGUUUGAUGGAGAGGCAAAGACCAUAAUUGAUCGUCUGAUUGGGGGAUCGGAUGACUUAGAAGUCGUCUCGAUCUUUGGCAUGCCUGGUCUUGGUAAAACCACAUUAGCUAGAAAAGUGUUCAAGGAUUCUGAGAUUGAAUAUGAGUUCUUUACUCGCCAUUGGGUUUAUGUUUCGCGGUCUUACAAUAGGAAGGACAUAUUUCUCAACAUACUGAGCAUUUUCACCCAACGCACCAAGGACUACCACGAUAUGACCGAAGAGCAAUUGGCUGAAAAAAUAAGCAAGUUCUUGGAGAGUGGAAAGUACUUGAUUGUGCUUGAUGAUGUGUGGGAAGAAAAAGACUGGAAGCUUUUGAAAAUAGCUUUCCCCAACAACAAGAAGAAAAGUCGAGUGUUGUUAACUACCCGUCAGGGCAAUGUGGCAUCGCGUGCCACUUCUAAUGGUCAGCCUCACGACCUGAAGUUUCUGAGCCAUGAUGAAAGUUUCGAGCUUCUUGAGAAGAAGGUUUGCCGAAAGCAAAGUUGCCCUUCUGAGUUGAAAGCCAUCGGGUUGAGGAUAGCAAUAAAGUGCGACGGGCUACCACUUGCAAUAGUGGUGAUUGCGGGGGUUCUCUUAGACAAAGGCGAUAGGAGAGGUGAGUGGGAGAUGGUGGCUGAAUGUGUGAGUACUUAUGUUAAUAAGGAUGAAGAGAAUUGCAAGAAGUUAGUAGAAAUGAGUUAUGACCAUUUGCCUUAUGACUUGAAAUCUUGCUUCCUUUACUUUGGGGCGUUUCCAGGGGGAUAUGAAAUCCCGGCUUGGAAACUAAUCCGUUUGUGGAUAGCAGAAGGGUUUAUUCAGAACCAGGGGCAAUUAACCUUGGAAGAUAUAGCAGAGGGCUACUUGAAUGAUCUUGUGAAUAGGAAUUUAGUCAUCGUGAUGAAGAAGAGAAUAGAUGGGCGGAUCAAAACAUGUCGAAUGCAUGAUAUGCUGCACGAGUUCUGCAAGAACGAAGCCCGGGAGGACAAUCUUUUGCGAGAGAUUAGAAUGGGGGGAAAUGAGCCUUUUCCCUCACCGGGGGAGCUGAAUACUUACCGUCGCCUAUGUGUUCACUCCCACGUUUUGGACUUCAUACGUGCAUCGAGGGCGUGUGGUGAACACGUCAGGUCUUUCUUAUGUUUCUCCUCCAAGGAAAUCGAGCUGCCUUUAGAACACAUACAGGCCAUCCCGAAGGCCUACAAGUUGCUCCGGGUGUUGGAAAUGAAGCCUAUCCUGUUAACUCGCUUCCCCCGGGAAAUGACUCAACUCUUCCAUUUGAGGUACAUUGCUCUUUCGAGUGAUAUCAAGAUUAUCCCUCCCUCCAUUGGCAACCUUUGGAAUAUGCAGACUCUCAUAAUCGAGACCUCACAGCGAAGCCUUGAAAUCAAGGCGGAUAUAUGGAGUAUGCAAAGGUUUAGGCAUCUCCACACGAACACUUGUACUAAUUUGCCAUCCCCGCUAGCAUCAAAAAGCAGCAAAGAUCGGUUGAUAACCGGGAGCCUGAAUACACUUUCCACUAUAUCUCCCGAAAGUUGCACAGAAGAGGUCUUGACAAGGACCCCGAAUCUCACAAAAUUGGGAAUUCGCGGGAAGUUGUCCUCACUUAUGGAAAGCAAGGGUCCAAGCAUGCUGUUUGACAAUCUCGGGAAGUUAGACCACCUGGAAAAUCUGAAGCUGCUAAACGAUGUUUUCCUCGGGCAAACUGGGAAACUAAGGGGCCUUCCCCAGGCCUACAAAUUCCCAUCGAAGCUGAAGAAGCUCACGAUAUCAAACACUUCUCUUGAAUGGAAGGAUAUGACAAUAUUAGGAACCUUGGAGAACCUUGAAGUCCUCAAGCUGGAUGAUAACGCGUUUAAGGGAGAAAUUUGGGAGCCAGUGAACGGUGGUUUUCGUCAUCUCCAGGUCUUCUGCAUUGGAAGGACAGAUUUAGCGUCGUGGCAGGCUUCGAGCCAUCACUUCCCGAGGCUAAAGUUUCUUGCACUAAGGCACUGCAAUAAACUCGAGGCAGUGCCAUUCGGUCUGGCUGAUAUUCCGAGCCUUCAAAUGAUGGAGCUUUACUGCACAAACAAAAUCGCUGCUGAAUCUGCCCGCAAAAUACAGCAACACAAGCCAAAGAGUGGCGGUUUCAAGCUCUCAAUCUAUCCUCCCGACCAUUGAUUCCAACGAACUUAACUGUAUCCCCGCGAUGGUUCAUUGACAGGUCAGGUAGGGCUGCAAGAAAUCGUAUUUUCUCAGGGUGUCCAUUCCCAACAAUCGCUAUUUUCCCUUGAUUCGCCUCGUGACUUGAAAGAGAUGAGACCCUGUGAUCACAGAAUCUGGAGCUCAUGGGGCUUUAAUGCAGAGUGUUCUUGUGUUUGGAAAUAUUAUUAUCAUGAUUGCAGCUAUUUAUAACUAUGGUUCCUUCAUGGAUCAAUGAGUUAUUGUGUGCCCAUUUUGAAGUUUUGUCCAAUUGGUUUUGAAAAACUAUUGAGUCCAGUGCUCCACAUUGGAAAGAAUAAAAAUUGUUUCCACAUUCUUGGGAGGAUUUUAUAGAGUACCAUUUUGCGGUGAAACUUUCAAAUGGAUUAAUGAAGGGAAAUUACAUUAUUUAAUCAAAA